GGAGUUUCUUCGUUAUUGCAGAAAGCUGUGACACUGUGUUAAUGGCGGACAAAUUAGGUUUUCCUCUUCUACUACCAAACCCUCCACCUUCAAAAUCCAUCUUUCAAGACUUCACUGUUUCUCCCGCUCCAUUCUUAAAUGACCUCUUUCACAAUCAAAAUCCCAACACUUCUCCUAACUUCCCUUCUACUUCCACACAAUCACCUCAAAUUCCCCAAUCCAUUAAUUUCCCUUCUCCAAUCCCCAGAACACGACGGCGUAUUAUUGGAAAGGACAAUGAUUCCAACAGAGGCAAACCAUGGAAUCCUCAUCGACUGUCCCCUCAAGGUGAGAAAAUUCUUCAAACCCUUAUCGGUCCGGAAUUUCAUGUCGAUAAUAUUCACCAGAUGUUGCUUAGUUUGUAUACUGUGCAUCGUUUAGAAGGUUCUGAAUUGGAUACAGAGUCUUUGAGUUUUGAUAUUUUGGGUAUUAUCAAGGGUUUAGGGUAUUAUAAAAAAAUUGACUUAGCGUUCAAUGUGUUUGAAUGGGUGAGGAAUCGACCUAAUUCUGGGGUUCUGUUAAAUGGUUCUGUAAUUGCUGUGGUUAUAAGUAUGCUUGGCAAAGAGGGGAGGGUUUCGGUGGCUUCAUCUUUGCUACACAAUUUGCAUAAAGAUGGUUUUGGUAUUGAUGUUUAUGCAUAUACUUCUUUAAUUACUGCAUUUGCUCGUAAUGGGAGGUAUAGGGACGCGGUUAUGGUUUACAAGAAAAUGGAGGAGGAAGGGUGCCAACCUUCUUUAAUCACUUACAAUGUGAUUUUGAAUGUUUAUGGGAAAAUGGGUAUGCCUUGGAGUAGAAUUUCAGCUGUGUUUGAAGGUAUGAAGAACUCUGGAGUUGUUCCUGAUGCUUAUACCUAUAAUACUCUUAUUACUUGUUGUCGUCGGGGAUCAUUGUAUGAGGAAGCUAGGCAGAUUUUCGAGGAGAUGAAACUAGGAGGUUUUCUGCCCGAUAAGGUUACAUACAAUGCAUUGUUAGAUGUGUAUGGGAGGUCUAGGAGGCCAAAAGAAGCUAUGGAGGUUUUACGAGAGAUGGAGGUGCAUGGGUUUUCGCCCAGCAUUGUGACUUACAAUUCUUUGGUAUCUGCUUAUGCUAGGGAUGGUCUGAUGGAGGAAGCAAUGGAGCUGAAAGCCAAGAUGAUAGAUAAAGGGAUUAAGCCUGAUGUCUUUACAUAUACCACCUUAUUCUCCGGAUUUGAGAAGGCUGGGAAGGAUGAAUCUGCAAUGAGAAUAUUUGAGGAGAUGACAAGUGCAGGGUGUAAACCAAACAUCUGCACUUUCAAUGCUCUUAUUAAGAUGUAUGGAAACAGGGGAAAAUUCACCGAAAUGAUGAAGGUUUUUGAUGAUAUCAGGACGUUUGGUUGUUCCCCAGAUAUUGUCACUUGGAAUACGCUCCUAGCCGUAUUUGGACAGAAUGGAAUGGAUUCAGAAGUCAGUGGAGUGUUCAAAGAAAUGAAGCGAGCAGGGUUUGUUGCUGAGCGGGACACCUUCAACACCUUAAUUGGUGCUUACAGUCGUUGUGGAGCUUUUGAUCAAGCUAUGGUCAUUUACAGGAGAAUGUUAGAUGCAGGGGUCACUCCCGAUCUCUCCACCUAUAAUGCUGUUCUAGCAGCAUUGGCUCGGGGAGGGCUAUGGGAACAGUCUGAGAAAGUACUUGCAGAAAUGAAAGAUGGUCGUUGUAAACCCAAUGAGCUAACGUACAGUUCCUUACUUCAUGCAUAUGCUAAUGGGAAAGAGAUUGACAGGAUUCAUUCUCUUGCAGAAGAGAUAUACUCUUCUGUAAUCCAACCUCAUGUUGUGCUUCUGAAGACCCUUGUAUUAGUUUAUAGCAAAAGCGAUCUUUUAGUGGAGACUGAACGAGCUUUUUUUGAGUUACGAAGUAGAGGUUUCUCGCCAGACAUAACCACCUUAAAUGCCAUGCUUUCUAUAUAUGGUCGGAAGCAAAUGGUUACAAAGGCAGCUGAGAUCAUGAACUUCAUGAAUGAUACUGGCUACACUCCUAGCUUGACUACAUAUAAUAGUUUGAUGUAUAUGUACAGCCGGUCUAGCAAUUACGAGAAAUCAGAGCAACUGCUAAUGGAAAUUAUAGCAAAAGGAGUCCGGCCUGAUGUUAUUUCGUAUAACACAGUAAUAUAUGCUUAUUGUAGAAAUGGGCGGAUGAGAGACGCCUCACGAAUCUUUACAGAAAUGAAGGAAUCUGGCAUUGUUCCUGAUGUGAUCACAUAUAAUACGUUUGUUUCAAGGUAUGCAGCUGAUGCAAUGUUUAUUGAUGCCAUUGAAGUGGUUCGUUAUAUGAUCAAACAAGGUUGUAAGCCGAAUGAUAGCACAUAUAACUCCAUUAUAGACUCAUAUUGUAAACUCAACCGGAGAGAUGAAGCUCUGGCUUUUAUUAACAACCUACGUAAGCUUAAUCCUCACGUUUCUAAGGAAGAAGAGACUAGAUUAUCAGCGAGAUUGAUGAAGAAAUGAGUUUUUUUUUUUAAUGGAUUAUAGUUUAGUAGCAAUACCGUUUUGUUGUAUUCUCUUCCUUUUUUCCAUGUUAUAUACAUGUACACUGCGAAAAUACGAGUAAUGUGCUAAUUGCUGUAUAUAUAAGUUCUUUUACAAUCUAGGA